GAGGACUGCAAGCUCCUCCCAUUCCCCACAGGUUCCUCUGACUCUUAAAAAGCUUCUGAUUACCUCCCAGCACACAAUCUACAUAGAAAACUACUGUCAGCGCACUCAAAGGCAAAAACAGAGGAUACCAUGGCAAAGAAGGUGGCAGUGAUUGGAGCUGGGGUCAGCGGCCUGAUCUCUCUAAAGUGCUGUGUGGAUGAGGGACUCGAACCCACUUGCUUUGAGAAGACUGAAGAUAUUGGAGGGCUGUGGAGGUUCAAAGAAAAUGUUGACGAUGGCCGAGCAAGUAUCUAUCAAUCUGUCAUCAGCAACACCAGCAAAGAAAUGUCCUGUUUCAGUGACUUUCCAAUGCCUGAAGAUUUUCCAAACUUCCUGCACAAUUCUAAACUCCUGGAAUAUUUCAGAAUCUUUGCCAAGAAGUUUGAUCUACUAAAGUAUAUUCAGUUCCAGACAACCGUCCUCAGUGUGAAAAAACACCCAGAUUUUGCAUCCUCUGGCCAGUGGGUGGUUGUUACAGAGAACAAUGGCAAGGAGCAAAGCGCUGUCUUUGACGGAGUCAUGGUCUGCAACGGCCAUCACAUCCUUCCUCAUCUCCCACUGGAGUCAUUUCCAGGUAUCCAGAAGUUCAAAGGCCAGUAUUUCCAUAGCCGCCAAUACAAGCACCCAGAGGGAUUUGAAAAGAAACGCAUUUUGGUGAUUGGAAUAGGAAACUCAGCCUCAGAUAUUGCAGUUGAGUUGUGUAAGAAAGCUGCUCAGGUCUUUGUCAGCACCAGACAUGGUUCCUGGGUCAUGAGUCGUAUCUCUAAAGAUGGCUAUGCCUGGGACUUGGUGUACCACACCCGGUUUAAAACCAUGCUCCGAAAUGCCGUGCCACGAAGAGUUGUAAAAUGGAUGAUGGAAAAAGGGAUGAAUCAAUGGUUCAACCAUGAAAAUUAUGGCCUUGUCCCUCAAAACAAAUACCUUGUUAAAGAGCCCGUCAUAAAUGAUGAUCUUCCAAGUCGUAUACUCUAUGGAGCCAUCAAGGUGAAAUCAAGAGUGAAAGAGCUCACAGAAACAUCUGCCAUCUUUGAAGAUGGAACAGUGGAAGAGAACAUUGACAUCAUUGUCUUUGCAACAGGAUAUACUGUCUCUUUUCCCUUCCUUGAAGAUCUUGUUAAAGUAGAGAAUAAUAUGGUCUCACUGUACAAAUUCAUGUUCCCUCCUCAACUGGAGAAGUCAACUCUUGCAUGCAUUGGUCUCAUCCAGCCCCUAGGUUCCAUUUUCCCAACUGUUGAACUUCAAGCUCGUUGGGUAACCAGAGUUUUCAAAGGCUUAUGUACCUUGCCCUCAGAGAGAACUAUGAUGGAAGACAUUAUCAAGAGGAAUAAAAAAAGAAUUGACAUGUUUGGAGAGAGCAAUAGCCAGAUACUGCAGACCAAUUACAUCGAAUACUUGGACGAGCUCGCUGUAGAGAUAGGUGUGAAGCCAAACAUCCUUUCUCUCUUGCUAAAAGAUCCUAAAUUGGCUGUGAAACUCUAUUUUGGGCCAUGCAACUCCUAUCAGUAUCGCCUGGUUGGGCCUGGGCAGUGGAAUGGAGCCAGGAAUGCCAUCUUCACCCAGAAACGAAGGAUACUGAAGCCUUUAAAGACACGGGCUAUCAAAACCUCAUCAACUUUCCCAGUUUCCUUCCUAUUGAAAAUCCUGGGGCUUCUUGCUGUGGUGGUGGCCUUUUUUUCCCAACUUCAGUGAUUUUAAUCUAUCAGCAUAAUGCUUUAAGUUUUAAUGGCAGUCAGUACAUCUUAAAGAAAAAAAAAGAAAAAAUAUUAAAUCUAAAGUCUAAAUUUCAGAGUUGGAAAGAACACAGAGAGAGAAAGAGUUAGAAGAAUUAGGUAUAAAAUGUAUAAAACCAAAAUUGUGUCAUGAAAUUUCUUUGCCAUCCAUCCUUCCCUCAAGCUCACCAGACUCUCCAAAAAAAAAAAAAAAUCAGUAUAGUAACACUGGCUGAAUAGUGCUGCCAAGCCUGAAUAAAGGAGAGCCAUAUGGAAAAAUAGUAGAAUUACACAGAAUGAAAAGCACCCAUGGUUUAAAUUAUUGGAAAAUUUAAAUUAUGGGUAAAUAUUUAAAUUUCUGCAUGUUGUUCUUGAUAGUCCUCUUAGCCAAACUUUAUUUGGUCACAAAGUUCUCAAAUGUUAAGUCAGGCUCCAUUUGCUUCAUGGAGAAUCACUCAAAAAUACUGGAGGAAAAAAAAGAAUGAGAAGAUAGACUUAGAAAACAGCAACAUUCGGACAGGUUUUUAGGGCCUCACAUUAAAAGCUGAGCAAAUAGCCACUUUUCUUACAUUUGUCUUAUAUUUUUGAAGGGCUUCCCUGGUGGCUCAGGCAGUAAAAAAUUUGCCUGCAAUGCAGGAGACCUGGGUUUGAUCCCUGGGUAGGAAGAUCUGAAGGGAAUGGCUACCCACCCCAGUAUUCUUGCCUGGAGAAUUCCAUGGACAGAGGAGCCUGGCAGGCUACAGUCCAUGGAGUUACAAAGAACUGGACACAAGUGAGCGACUAACACUUUCACUUCACUAUAUUCUGAUAGAGACACUGCUGUAAAAUUAAAAAUAAGCAUACUAUAAUAGAUGGAUAGAUAUAUUUAUAAUAUUAUAUACAUAUAAUAUGUAUUUACCAUAUAUGUAUUGAGAGACUACUUAUCAUAUACCAAUGUGCACAGUGUAUAUUAUUUCAUUUAAUUCUCAUGACAAUUGUGUGAGAUGGGUGCAGCUCUUGUACCCAUUUUACAGGCUAUGAAACUGAGACUCAAGUUAGGUAACAUGCCCAGGCCCACCCAUCUUGUGAUGGAGCUGGAACUGGAACUCAGGUUUGCCUGACUCCAGAACUGAAUAUCAUAACCUUGCCCCAUAAUACUUAUUUACAAAAACCUCUACUAUUAACAAAAAUACUUACUAAAGUUCUAUUUAUAAUCACAUAUGUAUUACUUCUGUAGGUCCUUUACAUAGAAAACAAUACUCUUCUCACAAAUAAGAUCUGAUUAAUUUUAUUUAUAAUAUUUGGGUUAUAUUUUAGCUAGGUCUAACAUUUGUUUGAAGGAAUUUACAACAAAAUAAAUGCUUAUAUAAUAACAUUAAAGAUAAUCAUUUACAUUUUCAAAAAACAAGUGUUAAGGGAAAAAAAGUAUAUUUCCCAAGUAGAUGAAAAGUAUUGUAAUGAUUGGACCUUGUAUUUAGCUCUAACCAACAAAUAACCAAGGCAAAAAGCAAAACAGUAUGUAAUCUUUGUCAUCUGAUAAAAGCAAGCAUACCAGCUUGUUAGGAGAGACAGACAUUUGCUUAGAACUGAACUUCAAAAAUGUCACAAGCAAUUCAAUGUCAAUAGAUAUUGAGCAACAUAAUAGAUAAACAUCUGGUUAUAAAACAUUCAUCACAGCCGUUAUUUCUACAAAUUGUACUUUGGGAGAUUAAACCAUGCCACAAGCCCAGGACAAGACCUUCAAAGAUAGCGGAAAGGUCAGAGAUUCAAGAUUUAGACAAAUUUCUCCUUUUAUUCCUCCAAAGCCUUUGGGGUCAUCACUCGUCACUUGGCCUAGAUUUCUCUCUCAAGUGCCCAGAACAAGGUGAUGGCAAUCCUGUCAGUGGAACCUCUUUAAAGGCUAUUGAAAUGAUACCAGCCUUUAAAUACAGGUGUUUGUUUGUUUUUUUCAUUGCUCCUACAAGCAGAUUCCUCUGAAAAAGUGUAUAUGGUAUAUAUACUUAGUUAUCAAUUAAAAACCAAUUACCUUGCUAAUUAUUAAAAAUCAUUUACAAGUCAUUAUAUUAGUAAUAAUAAUAGAAUGGGAUUUAUCAAGACUUUAUAACAAGAGUAGGCAAACUACUGCCUGUAGGUCAAAACCAGCCCACUACUUGUAUCUGUCAAUGAAGUUUCACCGGAACACAGCCAUUCCUUUUCACUGAUUGUGGCUGCUUUGAAGCUGUAAUGACAGCGUUGAGUAGUUGCUAACAAAAACAGUAUGGCUCACAAAGCUUAAAAUAUUUACAGAAAGUUUGUAAAGACAGAAAGCUUGCCAGUCCCUGCUUUGUAAUGUGCAAAGCUUUGCCCUAAUUGUUUUUUCAUAACUCACUCAUCAUUACCACUACCCAGUGAAAUGACUAUGGUUAUUAUUCUAUUUCUAUAGUGGAAGAUUGAGAAUCAAUUGUCAGGUCGAUGCUGAAUCAGUGGGGUGGUGGGGGGGUGGGGUGGAAUAAUGCCAUUAGGACAAAAUUGUUAUUCAAUUUACAUUCUUGAAAAUGUUUAGAAAGAAGAUGAUCACUUGAAAUCAUUCCAAGUAUUCUGAUAUAUUUUUUAGACAUAAAUAGUUCACAUCCAGAGCCUGAGAUUGAUUAAGGAAGACUCAUUCAAUUCUGUUCCUUUGCCUCCAUACAUCCUCAAACAUGAAAGUAUCCUAGAUAAACAAACCAUCUAGGAUAGUUUGUUCCAAACUAUGAUCCACAGAGACAUUUUCUGCAUCAGAAUAUCUCAGAGAGUUUUUAGAAGUGCAGAUUCCUAAAUAAAAUGUAACUAUAAUUCAGACCUGCUGGAUUAGAAUCUCCACUGCAAUCUACAGUCUUGAUAAAUUCUCUGGAAGAUUCUUGUCCACAUUAAAUCUUGGAAAUAUUGGUUUGAGGCUUCUCAAAAAAACACUGCUUUCAGAGAUUAGUCCAUGAAUUUUUCCACUCCUAAGGCCCAAAUUCCUCCUUAGAUUCAGUCUUACAAUUUCUUGCUGUACAAUGUUUGUUCUCCUGAGAAGGAUGUUAGCUAGCUACCAUCUUCUUGCAAAAUCUCUUCCUGUGAUGGUUCCCUUUUACUAACUUCUGAUUUUAACUAUUCUUCUCCAGAUGAUUGGUCCUUGAAUUUCCACUCUCAAAGCCAAAUGUGUCAUAUUUGCAGAAAAAUAAAGAUAUUUUAAAAAUAAA